AGCUCCGUGUCGUGGAAAGAUAGAUGAAAGGACGUCGAGGUUCAAUUGCAGUUUAGAUUGGCGACUCUGGGACUGAUAGCGUGGCAUGCAUGGGGAAAGCAUCCCCCAGCACCUCCGCCAAUAAGCUCGUGUUAAGUCCGCAGGGCCCGAGCUCCAGCUCCAGCACGCUUCCUCGAUGUGAUGGCGCUGCGACUGCGGCGCGACUUCUCCACUCGAAAACUAUCAACUGACUUGCCUCACUGACUUUUAUAAUUCUAGGUACGCGAUACACCAUCACGUUGAAGUCGCGCGAGUCGACGGAACCCAAGUCUGCCUAAAAUACAGGAUUCACACCUUCUGUCGCGUUCGAGUAACACCGCGUCAGCUUUCUCUACAUUGCCGUAUCCAACAUGAUCUCUCUGCCAGGCCUCAACCUUUCCUCGCAGCCUGCCGAGACGCAAAAUGGCCCUACUUCGACGGCCACACGAACGCAGGAGCUCGCCGCCAACACCGAAUACCGCUUCGAAGUAUCCUUCUCCCGAACACUCACGGUCAAGUUGCAGUCGGGCACUGCAGAGUUCUUUGGUACCGAGCUGGCACCCUCCACCACAUACACCUUCCAGGGCACAAAGGGCGCCAUCUUCACAUGGCACGGCUGCAAGCUCGACAUCGGCGGAGAGGUUGAGUCGGACUAUAUCGCUGAAGAGACACCCAUGAUGAGUUGUGCAAACCUACAUUUCGCCCUAGAAAACUUGCGCGACAGGAGCAUCGCCAGCGGCAGUGUCGAGAUGGGCCCAAGAGUGCUUGUCGUAGGGCCGGAGAACUCGGGCAAGACAUCACUCGUCAAAACCCUCACGUCCUAUGCUGUCAAGACUAGCAGGCAGCCAAUGGUCAUAAACCUGGAUCCGCGCCAGGGUAUGCUCAGUGUGCCCGGUUCCUUCUCAGCAGCUGUAUACUCGUCCAUCGUAGACAUUGAAGAAGGCUGGGGAAGCAGUCCAAUCUCGGGGCCCAGCCCUAUUCCGGUGAAGAUGCCGCUGGUAUAUCACUACGGUCUUAAAGACCCGGAGGAGGGCAAGGUGUUCAAGCCGUUGGUAACGCGCAUGGCACUUGCUGUCACAAGUAGAUUGGAGGAAGACAAGCUCAGCAAGCAGGCUGGCUUCAUCAUUGAUAGCUCAGGCGCCAUCAGCCAAGGGAGGAAUGGCGUCUACGACAACAUAGAACAUAUUGUUUCUGAGUUCUCUAUCAACGUCCUCAUAACCCUCGGCUCCGAACGCCUCUACUCCGACCUCUCCCGAAAGUUCUCAGCCCGAACCGGCAGCGAUCCUUCCGAGACCGUCUUCGUAAUCCGUCUCGACAAGUCCGGCGGUUGUGUAGAUCGAAGUGAAGAAUACAUGGAAGCACUCCGCCACGCCCAAAUCAAAGAGUACUUCUUCGGCAAAGGCGACGAGACACUUGCCCCUAGUAGCCAAAUGGCCGAUGCUGCCGACCUCAACAUCUUCCGCGUCAUCGAAGGAGACGUGAACGGUGGGGUUGACGAAUACGGCAUGACUGUCGAGCGACAAAUCUUCGAAAAGGUUACACCGUCCGAGGCAAUGCAAAAUCAACUACUGGCCAUCACUACAGCUAGUCCCAAUGAUCCACAGGCUGUCAUCCGUGACAGCAGUAUCAGGGGAUAUAUCUAUGUCGCGGACGUGGAUGAGGCGAAAAAGAAGGUCAAGCUCCUCAGCCCACUACCAGGAGCGACACCAGGGAACGCCAUGAUCUUAGGCAAAUGGCCAGAAACUGUCGAGGGUCUAGUUAACUAGACGUUUCUAACAUGGAUUGGACAGUAUGAAAAAGAAGCAGUGAGGAUAUUGAAGGAGGAUACAUUGGCACUGAAGGCGUUCAAGAGGAUCGGAAUAGUAGUGGAGGUAGGAGGCUACAACAUAAGGUUCAAGUUGUGAAAAUCUUUGAAGAGAUCUGUGCAGAAGGCAAGCUUAUCUACCCUUUCUAAAUGUGUCUCUGUAGUACUACGAAUGAUGUCCUCUCUUACAUUGCGUCCGACUUUUGUAACGACCUUGAAGGUACGUACCCUGAACACUAAAACUCUACCCUAGAUAUAUACAUUGUCGCUUGUCUACUGGAUCUGUUACUUGGACUCAUGCGCAUAGCUUCAUGCCAUAUAACAAGUAGAUUGGUACAAUAUGUGAAA